AUGAGGUCGAGCGGAAAGAAACUGCCUCGGGAGACUACGUUUGGAGGUCCAAACAAACAACCAAGUCUCAACAUUCAGAAGGACGCCGCGCCGCCUCCAUAUAACGCACUGGACCUUCUUCGUGACGGAACUCCUCAGGCCCCAAGAAACACAGACGAGAGUGAGACCGUCGAAUCUCUUCGUGCCCGGAACCCGGCGACUCGGCCUCCUCGCAAGACCUCGCACAUCUUGAACCCUCCCCCACACAAGACGACGCCUAUUGGAGCCGCUACGGCAGCCGCUUCAAGUGCUAUGAUCUGUGUAGUCCGAGCUCUCGACGAGGAAGAUCGCAGAAUGGUCGCCGCACGUACUGCCCAAGCGAUUUCUGUCGCUGUCUCCACCUCACGCUCUUACGCUUCCUUCGUUGCUGCUGUAACUGCUGCUGAGAGCACCGCUUUUCUUCUUCUAGAAUCCCACCGUGACCGAGGGUGA